GUGGCUCAUCAUGAGAUACCUUUUACUGAGACGCUAGUACCCACAGGCAGGUAAUCUGUACCUGUGCUGAGAAGGUUGGAGGAAUAGGUCCGCUCUCAGUUUCGUCUGUUUUGCGCCAGCGAGAUUUUUCGAAAUUCUAUGUUAUUUCUUUUUGCUUGUGAACUCCUGGAGUUGAGAACACUGGACAUAUUGUGCACGAGGAGGAUAUAACAGUCUUCUGUAUUCAUGAGAAAUGGAUUCCAACGGCAUUGCUGAUAAACAAUGUUUGGAGGGUGACAAAGACCUGCAGUUCCUGAUAAACGGCGGGGACCUUUUGAAAGUCCGUUCGGGCUCAUGGAAAAAGACACGCUACUAUAAGCUGCAGGAGGACUGCAAGACCAUGUGGCAUGAGUCCAAAAAGACCAUGAAGUCCAAAAACACAUUCUCUCUUGAGGACAUUGAAGCGGUACGAACAGGUCGGCAAACUGAGGGUCUGAGGAAAUACACAGAAGAGUCAGUGGAGGGUCGAGCAUUCUCCAUUCUGUUUAAGGGGCGACAGAAAACCCUGGACCUGAUCGCUAGCUCUGAGGAGGAAGCCAAGAAGUGGGUCAAUGGUUUGGAGAAAGUCAUCUCAAACAUGAACAACCUCACUCCGCAGAAGAAAACGGAGCACUGGAUUUACAGUUGUAUGCGUAAAGCAGAUAAAAACUUGGACAACAAGAUGAGUCCGAAAGAGCUGAAGAGCUUUCUACAAGACAUCAACAUUGAGGUGGACGAAGACUAUGCUGAAAUGCUCUUUCAGAAAUGUGACCAAUCGAAGGGUGGAUUCCUAGAGGGCAAGGAGAUUGAGCAUUUCUAUAAAAUCUUGACACAAAGAGAGGAAAUCGAUGUCAUCUACGGAGAGUAUGCAAAGACAGAUGGUCUUAUGAGCGCCACUGACCUGCUGAAUUUCCUGUUGAAUGAGCAAAGAGAGGAUGUGUCUCAGAAUGAUGCUCUUCAGCUUAUUGAGAAAUAUGAACCUGAUGAAAAUGCCAGAGCCAAACAGCAAAUGACAAAGGAUGGCUUCCUAAUGUACCUGCACCAGCCAGAGGGGCUGAUCUUUAACCCGGCCCAUAAAAGUGUUUACCAGGACAUGAACCAGCCUCUCAACCAUUACUUCAUCUCCUCCUCUCAUAACACAUACCUGCUGGAGGACCAGCUCAAGGGACCCAGCAGCACUGAGGCGUACAUAAAAGCACUUCUAAAGGGAUGUCGCUGUGUGGAGCUGGACUGCUGGGAUGGAUCAGAUGGAGAGCCAGUGAUUUAUCAUGGAUACACUCUCACCUCAAAGAUCCUCUUUAAAGAUGUGAUUCAAGCCAUUAAAGAAUAUGCCUUUAAGACGUCCGAGUACCCUGUGAUCCUGUCUUUGGAGAACCACUGCACUGUGGAGCAGCAGAAGACCAUGGCUCAGCACUUGAUCUCUAUCCUGGGUAGCGCUCUGGUCACCAAACCCCUCGGAGAUCAGAUGCCCACACACUUCCCUUCUCCAGAGGAACUCAAAGGCCGGUUCAUAGUGAAAGGGAAGAGACUAAACAAACUUGAGGACACAUUUUCAGAUGAGUUCAAAACAGCAGAUGAAGAAAGUGUAACAGAGGAAGAAGAUGAUGAAGGUGAUGAAGAAGACCGUGAAAAGAAGUCUAACGAAUCGAAGUCGCUGAAGUUGGCAAAGGAGCUGUCUGAUAUCGUGAUCUACUGCAAAAGUGUCCACUUCCAUGGGUUUGAGGAUUCCCGGGACAAGCAGUCAUUUUAUGAGAUGGCCUCAUUCAAAGAGGGAAAAGCUGUGAAACUGGCGGAGGAAUCAGCAACCAAUUAUAUCCGUCAUAAUACAGACAAGCUCAGCAGGAUUUACCCAGGGGGACUGAGGACGGACUCCUCGAACUAUAACCCUGUGCCUCUGUGGAACGCAGGCUGUCAGAUAGUGGCCCUCAACUUCCAGACACCCUGCACAGAGAUGGAUCUGAAUCAGGGGCUCUUUCUUCAAAACGGACAGAGUGGUUACGUCCUAAAGCCUUCUUACCUACGAGACCGAGACACUGAGUUUGACCCCAUCACUCUCACCAAGGGACCAUGGUUAAAGAGAAAGAGUCUUCAUGUGAUGGUGAUCUCAGCCCAGCAGUUACCCAAAGUGAGCCAAAGGAAGUCCUCUAUUGUUGAUCCCAUUGUGCAAGUGCAGAUCUACGGUGUGCCAGCUGAUACGACCGUGGUGGAAACGCAGUACAUUGAGAAUAAUGGCUUCAACCCCAUGUGGAAUGAAAACUUCCAGUUUGAUGUGUGUGUGCCAGAUCUAGCCCUUGUGCGCUUUUUGAUCGAGGACUACGAUGCCACAUCGAACAAUGAAUUUAUUGGCCAGUACACACUUCCCUUCAACAGCCUAAAGAAAGGAUACCACCAUGUGCCAUUGUUCACCAUGAAUGGAGACCUCCUUUCUUCAGCUGGGCUUUUCGUUCACAUCAUGAUUUUGGAUGCUGAAUAAUACGCACAAUGGUGCAGGUUUUAUACUGUAUCUGAGAUGAUAUCGUGUCACUAUAUUCAACAGCGCAGACGUCCUAAAGGGGAAAUGUCUUGACAAUGAGGCAGCUUAAGUGAUUCUGAUGGGUAGGGAAAUUGUAGGAAUACAGCAACCUUUCUGAAGUUGUAAUAUAAUGGUCUCGCAUUUAAUAUUUUAAUUUUUUUUGUACUUUUUACUAUUUGUAAAAUGUUAUACAGUUUAGUAUGCCAAAUGGAUUACUUACUACAAAUGUGCAUUCUGAACAAUAUUCAUGAGUAUCAACCUUUAGACUUAGUUAAACAGUUUUUAGAUAUACAGAUUUUAGCAAUUACAAAUCCAUCCUCUGUAGUAUUUCUAGAUGCAUGUGUUUUUAAGCUUGCAUUAGAGUUUUUGUCUUUUAUGUAGUUACACACCAUAUCAGAUUUGUUAUAUUAAAUAAGAUACUUAAAUUGUCAUGUUUCUGGCUGAUACUGUCAGCGAACUCAUAAAGCCAGUGAUUCUGAUGAAACACAUUGCCAACUGUAUACAUCCAUGUAAAGGAGAAAUAAAAGUAAGUUAUUUAAAACUA